CAAACUCCACACGCAUAAACCCUUCUCACUUCUCUCCUAGAAACCCUCAGCUCUCAACGAAACCCUUUCCGACUUCACUAGACCCACCAAUGGCAACUCUUAAGGAAAUAUUAACCCGGCGACCGGUGGCGGCGACAAUUCGCCUCACCGUCCCAGCCGGCGCCGCCCGCCCGGCGCCGCCUGUGGGUCCUGCACUUGGGCAGUACCGUCUCAACUUAAUGGCAUUCUGCAAGGACUUCAACGCACGGACCCAGAAAUACAAGCCGGACACUCCCAUGGCCGUCACCAUAACGGCGUUCAAGGACAACACCUUCGAGUUCACUGUGAAGUCACCAUCGGUUACCUGGUACUUGAAGAAAGCAGCCGGGAUCGAGUCCGGUAGCAGCCGGCCGGGACACGUGGUGGCGUCGACGUUAACUUUGAAGCAUAUAUACGAGAUUGCGAAGGUGAAGCAGUCUGAUCCUUAUUGUCAAUACAUGUCUCUUGAGUCUAUUUCUAAGUCUAUUAUUGGGACUGCAACUAGCAUGGGAAUUAAGGUUGUGAAGGACUUGGAUUAGUGGGAAAAUGCAAAUUUUUAUGAUAUGGAUUUGAUGAUAUUGUGUUCUUGUCUGGUUGCAAUGUUAAAAUAAGCUAAAACAGUUGCAUUGUUGAUGGAGAAUUUCUUGAAAUUUGUUAUUUAAUGCUAAAUUGUGUAUCCAGUUGCUGUCACUCUACCGAGCUUAUGAUUUUAAGAAGCCUUCCAUGAA